AUGCAUGGACUGAAUGGAUGGGUCCCUGCCGACAGAGACGGGCGCACAGAAGGAGACCAUCAAGUUCAGCUUUCAAGCUCCAGCGCGACGCAGCCCCACUCCGUGGGUCCGUGCGAUCCAUGUAUAUUCUUCGGAACCUCUGCUGGCUGCCGGAGGGACGCCUGUCCGUUCUGUCACGUUCAUCUGUUCCGGAUGGAGGUGAAUCCGGAGAGGCCGGGGAAGCAGAUCCGUAUGAGGCUGAAGAGGAAUUUGAAGACCAUGUUGCAAUCGAGGGAGAACUCGCCGGACAGGGUCCAUGACGAGCUCCAACGCUUGGCUCAUAGAAGCGGCUUUGCGCGUAACCUGAUUACAGGUUUCUUGGAGCGCGACGGAGAGCCGGAAAAGGAGGUUGAGGGCGGAAUCACCACAACUUCUUGUUCAAUAGAUGGAGUGCAUGAUCAGCCAGUAGUCUGCAUUUUGGAAGAUGGGUUUGAUUUCGAUGCUUUCCUGAAGGGCGAGCCUCUGUCGCUGUAG